AUGGAGAAGCUGGACACCAACAUCUCAGAGGAAGGAAGAUCCUGCCAUCUCUCGGAGCACUACAAGCAAAUCUACCUCUCCCUGACCUACAGCAUCAUCUUUGUGCUGGGGCUGCCCCUGAAUGGCGCCGUCCUGUGGCUCUCCUGGCGCCAAACCAAGCGCUGGGGCUGUGCCACCAUCUACCUGGCGAACCUGAUGGUGGCGGAUCUGCUGUAUAUAUCAACGCUGCCCUUCCUCAUCGUCACCUACUCCCUGGAUGACACCUGGCCCUUCGGGGAGCUGCUCUGCAAGCUGGUGCGCUUCCUGUUCUAUGCCAACCUCUACAGCAGCGUCCUGCUGCUGACCUGCAUCUCCGUGCACCGCUUCCUGGGUGUGUGCCACCCACUGCGCUCGCUGCCCUACCGGACCCGCCGGCACGCCCUGCUGGGCGCCGCCGCCACAUGGGCUGUGGUGGUCAUCCAGCUGCUGCCCACCCUGAUCUUCUCCCACACAGACGACAUCGACGGCCAGAUGAUCUGCUACGACUCGACCAGUGCAGAUCACUUUGACAAGUUUUUCGUCUACAGCAUGGUCCUGAUGUUGUCCAGCUUUGUCGCCCUCCUUGGUCAUCUUGGUGUGCUACUCACUGAUGGUCAGGAGCCUGGCCACGCCAGUGGAGACCCUCACGAGGGUGGGUGGCACAGCCCGGGCCAAGUCCAUCCGGACCAUCCUGCUGGUGUGUGGCCUCUUCACCCUCUGCUUCGUGCCCUUCCACGUCUCACGCUCCCUCUACUUCACGCUCCGCUUCCUGUCCUCAGACAACUGCCAGCUCCUGACGGUGGUCAGCCUGGCCUACAAGGUAUGGAGGCCUCUGGUGAGCCUGAGCAGCUGCCUCAACCCAGUCCUCUACUUUCGUCAGGUGGGAACAGAGUCAGGCUCCUCCAGGAACUGGCACACAAGGUGGGUGAGCACCCAACUGGACCAAGGGACAGAGACCCAGGGGUGGGCAGGUCUGGGUCCUGCCAAGAUGAAGUUCAGGGGGAAAGCUCCAAGAUGCUCACAAUGACUUGUCUGAACAGAGUCACGAGCUAG